GGAAAAAAAAAAAAAACCAUCAUCACCCACAUCCACCUCCUAAUUUCUUACACCAGAGAGAAGGAUUAGCGACCUCCUCUAUUUAUAUACUUUCCACCCUCUCACAGAUUCGAAACCCAUCUAUACACCUUAACCUUUUCUCUCUUUGUAUAAAAUCUUCAAUUUUUAAUUGAUUCAAUCGAAUUGGAGGAACAAAGUAAGAGAAAAAAGGGGGCCUUUUCGGGGAGGAUGAACACGCCCUCUGUUCUUCUUAUGCCUCCUCUCAGAUCUUAGAUUGCCGGGAUUUCGCAUCUGGGUUCUUCCAAUCGGAAUCCUGUAUUACGAGUUGAUUGAUCCAUGAAGGACCCGAUGUUCCUGGAUUGAAUUCGAGAAUACCCAUUUCACAUCUGAUAUAGAUAUACUAUCUAACAGUGGUCUGGGUCAUUUCUCGGAUAAGAAAAUGGAAUCGGAUCUUGGCAAGCUCUUCAUCGGUGGAAUUUCUUGGGACACAAAUGAAGAUCGUCUCAAGGAAUAUUUCAAAACUUAUGGGGAAGUGGUGGAGGCUGUCAUCAUGAAGGAUCGGACCACAGGUCGAGCUCGUGGAUUUGGUUUUGUUGUCUUUGCAGACCCUGCUGUUGCAGAGAGAGUUGUAAUGGAAAAACACACGAUAGAUGGUAGAACAGUUGAGGCAAAGAAGGCUGUCCCUAGGGAUGAUCAACACAUUCUGAAUAGAAACAACAGUAGCAUUCAUGGAUCACCAGGUCCUGCCCGCACUAAAAAGAUAUUUGUAGGAGGUUUAGCAUCCACAGUUACAGAGAGCGACUUUAAAAAGUACUUUGAUCAGUUUGGGACAAUCACAGAUGUGGUGGUGAUGUAUGAUCACAACACCCAAAGGCCAAGAGGUUUUGGAUUCAUCACUUAUGAUUCAGAGGAAGCAGUAGAGAAGGUGUUGCUGAAAACUUUUCAUGAACUGAAUGGUAAAAUGGUUGAGGUCAAGAGGGCCGUUCCCAAAGAGUUGUCCCCAGGGCCUAGUCGUAGUCCACUCGGCGGUUAUAACUAUGGAUUGAGUAGGGUGAAUAGCUUCCUUACUGGAUACAAUCAGGGGUAUAAUCCAAGCUCAGUUGGUGGCUAUGGAGUUAGGAUGGAUAGUAGAUUUGGUCCAGUUGCUGGUAGUCGGAGUGGCUUUCCCUCAUUUGGUCCUCCUGGUUAUGGAAUGGGUUUGAAUUUUGAGCCAGGGUUGAGCCCCAACUAUGGGGGCAGCACAAGCUUCAGUAACAGUCUCGGCUAUGGACGGGGAUUGAAUCCAUAUUACAGUGGGAACUCAAACAGAUUUGGCAGUCCUAUUGGCUUUAGCGGGGGCAAUGGAGGAAGCAGUUCUGUUUUUAAUUCAACUAGUAGAAAUGUGUGGGGUAAUGGAGGACUUAAUUAUGCCACAAACUCUGCAACCUCUAGUACUUUCAUGGGAUCUGGAAGUGGUAGCAUUGGAGGAGGUUCGUUUGGCAAUAGUACUGGAGCAAAUUGGGGUUCAUCUCCUUCUAUUUUGGCUCCAGGUGGAGGGAUCGGUUCUGGCUAUUCUAGUGGGAAUCUUGGUUAUGGAAGUGGGGAUAGCAGCUAUGGUUUGGGUGGGGGAGGAUAUGGAAGAAACAGUGGAACUAAUGUGGCCCCAACAUCAUCUUAUGCUGCAUCAAAUGGUGGUUAUGAUGGAGCAUAUGGAGACUUUUAUGGUGGCAGUUCAGUUUAUGGAGACCCCACUUGGCGGUCUGCAUCUUCAGAGCUAGAUGUGUCGGGUUCGUUUGGUUAUGGGCUUGGCAAUGCAGCAUCAGAUGUUUCCACUAAAAAUUCUGCAGGCUAUGUUGGUAGUUACAGUGUUACCAAUAGACAAUCAAAUAGAGGAAUUGCUGCCUAGGAGUAUUGUCAUUUGGAUGUCAGGAACUUAUUGUAGGUGAAGGAAAUCCGGUGAACCAGGUGAAUGACUGUGAAUUUCAUACAUCUCCAUCGUUAAUAUAUUUCAGUAAAAAGGAAAUUGAUUAUCUAGAGCUAACUGGAUUGCUGUUUUGAAGAAGUUGAAUUCAGAAAGAAGCUGUUACAAGGGAUUUUGUGUAAGGUUUGAGUUUUUAAUUUAGGUUUUCUUUUCCUUAUUGGGGUUUGAUUGAGAUGUAAAAUCAGUUGCGGGAUGUAUUCAGAAAGAGUGGUUCCAAUUACUGUAUCGUGCAUCUCGUGACGCAGCGAUACGUAUUCAAUAGACUAUUUUUUCUUAAAUUUUUUUUUUCUGCUGUAAUGUCUCUGGCAAAGUUGUUGGUUUUUGUCAGGUAUGUUUCCUCUUCUUUUCAUUUCUUUUCCUCUUCUGGGUUUUCUUCUCAGAUUGUCCCAGAGGAUCUGGUUUAUUACUAGUGUGAAACUUUUGAGGGAUUCCCAUAUGGGGCCCCAAUAAUAAGUUACCAAAUAUUCUGAUUCAGUUCC